AUGGACAUCCGACGUCUGCUUCACAACCCAGAGGAUGGCAGCUGGUAUACUAUCGGCGAGACCAAGAGUGAGGCUGAAAUGAAAGAGUUCCGCCGCUCGCUCAAGCGCAACGCCAUUAUCAACACGCACCUUGUCAGCUGCACCAUGAACCAUGAUAAAAUCAGCGUGGACGCUGUGAAUACCGAACACAAGAUGAAGGGAAAGCUCCGCGCAUGCCCCGUGCAGGUGCGCAUGUCUACAUGCCAGCUUACGUACUUGGGCAUUAUCUGUCAGGCCUACCAGCAUCUGAGCGAAGAACACGAUUCCGCAGAGCCUUUGCAGAAAUCGGUAACCGAGGAAAUGAAAAUGCACAUCGUGCGCAUGUUACAAGAGUACCCUGACGUAAAACCCAUGGCCAUCUACAAAACGCUCACGGCAUUGCAUGAGCAAGGUGCAUUCGGAGCAGACCUCAUGCCCACGAAGAUCCAGUUGCGCAAUGCGCUGACAUAUUUAAGAAGCCGCAAGCUCAAGCUGUGUAGCGGAAAUGAGGACUUGGUAUUCACUUCUGCUACACAAUUUGAGCUUGCGGCUUCUUGCCGCGAAAACGAAGACUCGACUCCUUUUUCUUUAAAUGGUAGCGAGUCCCCUCCUCCGGAGGAACACCACCAACUAGAAUAG